AUGAAACGCGUAAAUAUAAGAUUUUCGACAAAAUUGCUAGUCAGUGAUUGGGAUAAAGAUUCCUUACUUAUAGCUGGGCAACCACAAUAUCUAUCAGCAUUAAAAUAUGAUGAUGUUAAAAUUAAAUUGGAACCAAAAGUUUCUAAAGAUCUCUUUCAAGCUAUCCUAAACACUUCGAAAUGUGAUAAAGACCAAAAUAGUCAUAAUCUCAUGAGUUCCAACCGAUAUUUCCCAAUAUUUCUGGACCGGGAAGGAGGAAUUUUGAUGUUGCCUCCCACGGCAAGUAACCACAACUGUCCAAACCGACCCCAUAGUUUGGCAAAAUUUUUGGGCUCCAAAAACUUUUUUUGUCUCAGAUAUACCUCUAAGGCCCAACCUAGCUCUCCUAGUCUCAACGCUAACCUCGAGGUUAAUCGUGAAAGCGCCAUUACUCCUAAGGGCUCUAUCAACUUAGCCACGAUUUCAGAUUCGAAAUCGAGCCCUAAAAUCAAGAGAAAGGCUAAUAAGGCGGGAACUCUUAAUAGGUUUCACUGCGUCGUAGUUUGCGAAUAUCGACAUAUUCUGUCCUACACUCUGGCCAUAGCCCGUUCGUAUCCAGCUUACAGUGCUAAAAGUAGCGGUAAAAUUACGGCUGAAAUCGACUGUUCGAACGCCGAUAAUCAAACCGAUGCUAUGAGCGAGAACUUCGAUUCGGCCGAAGGGAACAGCGGGGCGAACAUCGAACCUGUGGAACAGAAUAACGGUCUAGAAAACGAUAUGGGAGAUGGUAAAAGAAUAAACUUUUGCGAAAAAUCUGAGGACGUCUCAAAACCAAAUCAAGUGAUAGUGCAAUUUCUAAUCGCAGAAUACUCUCCUACAGCGAAUGAAGAUAUCUCAAAAAAAGAUAACGUGAUCAAGGCCAGUCCCGUCAAAUUUAGGACUCUGUCCGAGCAAGAUAUCUAUAUGCUGAACCAAGCCACCUUCGGCACCAGAAUGACAUCCGUAAUAGUGGAUAUGCCUUGCAAUGUACUGAGCACUAACGAAUUCGUUCAGGAAAUACAAAGGAUAGGCGACGAUUUAGGGAUAGUACCUAAAAUCAUCCGAGGAGCCGAUUUAGAAAUUGAAGGAUUCGGAGGGAUAUACGGUGUAGGCAAAGCGGCAGUAAAUCCUCCCGCCCUCGUUAUUCUGAGUCACGAACCACCUAAUAGCGAAUUCAAUAUAGCUUGGGUCGGUAAAGGGAUAGUUUACGACACCGGGGGUUUGUCUAUCAAAGGAAAAUCGGCAAUGCUUGGCAUGAAGAGGGAUUGCGGCGGUGCGGCGGCUAUUUUAGGAGCCUUUUAUUCUUGCGUAAAAUUGGGAUUUUCCCACACGCUUCACGCCGUAUUCUGCUUGGCGGAAAAUUCUGUCGGACCGAAUGCUACUAGACCUGAUGAUAUUCACACUAUGUAUUCUGGAAAGACGGUCGAAAUCAAUAAUACAGAUGCCGAAGGUAGAUUAGUACUGGCUGAUGGGGUUUCCUACGCCAGUAAUGAUUUAAACUGUGAUAUUAUUUUGGAUAUGGCCACUUUAACGGGUGCUCAGGGGAUAGCUACAGGAAAAUAUCACGCCGCAUUGAUCACUAAUAAUUCUACAUGGGAAAAUUAUUGUGUUGACGCCGGUAAAUCAAGCGGUGAUUUGGUAUACCCUUUGCCUUAUUGUCCAGAAUUGCAUUUCUCAGAAUUCUCGAGCUCCUUAGCCGAUAUGAAAAAUUCUGUAGCUGACCGAAGUAAUGCCCAAGCUUCUUGCGCUAGUUUAUUCAUAGCAUCACACCUUAAAAAUGGAUUCGAUUUUCCUGGUGUAUGGCUGCAUGUUGAUAUGGCCUACCCAGUGCACUCGGGUGAACGAGCCACUGGUUAUGGUGUAGGUCUUUUGUUAACUCUGUUUGGAUUCGGUUCUCACGACCCUUACCUAAAAUCGCAUUGCCCUAUAAGAGAACGCCAUUCCGAUAAAUCCCAAAUCGGCAACAAUUUAGAAAAAAAUAAAAUCAAUGUCCUUAAGGAUGCCAGGGAACCCACGAGGGAAAACGCUUUUUUAGUGAUAGAACAAAUGAUGAAAGAACACCAAAAAAGGGCUAAUGACAAUAACCCCGAAAUUCAUACAAAUAAUACCUAUGAGCAAGAUGACGGUAUAGUGAUAAAUGUUCAUAAACAUAUGGAAAUUAGAAAAUCUAUCCUAUCUCCUAAUAGUGCGAAUAGAAAAAAGCGCUUAUUUUUCAGUGAUUCCGAACCGAUUCUCAAAGGUGGUUAUUAAAAUUAAAAGCGCGUUUUGCGAUUUGUAAUUAAUUUUACUAAUCCCAAAAAAAAACUAU